AGGAAGCACGGAACUAUGACUCACAAUGAAUAUACAUGUAAGUCAACUGGGGGCUUAAACGACUGAUGUGCACCCACACACGCAGUUUUCAUGGCGUCGAUCGAAACUUCUAACUUCGAUAAAUAUGUUUUGAAACAACAGCCUUUUUCACACUAGGCUGGGAUACAAAUCGUUUGCUACGGUGGGUAUUGGUGAUCGGCAUGCUCUGACGGAUAUGGCCGGAAUGCACAAGUUCAAUGUGAACUUUGGGAAUAUUUUUGUGAUCGUUUUGCUUGCCACAUGCAGUCAAAUGAUUUGUGGGGCAUCGAAUUGUAAUGACGCCAUCGCUCUAGGAUGUAAAGGUGGGCAAUGUGGAAAAGUUUACUGCAACAAUGACACAUAUGAUUACAUGUGCUCCAACGUUACUUCGCCGCCAAAAUUCCCGACCGUCAACUGUACCAUUAUCGCCCUGCUGGACGCCCUGCUGGAGGAGUUCUGUCCUGGGUCGAUACUUACAGCAUUUUGCAGUACGACAGUUCAGCCAACGACUACGGACGAGCCUACCACGACAGUUGAACCAACGACAACAGCUGCUGUGCCUACACCGUCAGCUGAACCCAACAUUAUGUCAUCUCAAACAAGUUAUACACGUGUUCCUGAAGCAGCUACAGCAAUGACACAGCCUGUCACAACACAGACAAUCAUAACGCAGUCCCAGCCUGCUGCCACGACGCAAGAUCAGCCUGUCGCAACGCAGGCUCAGCCUGUCGCAACGCAGGCCCAGCCCGUCGCAACGCAGGCACAGCUUAUCACAACGCAAGCCCAGCCUGUCGCAACCAAGGCACAGCCUGUCGCAACGCAAUCUCAGCCUGUCACAACGAAAGCCCAGCCUGUCGCAACGCAGGCCCAGCCUGUCACAGCCCCGACCCAGUCUGUCACACAGCCUGCCACACAACCACCUCAUACUACCACUGGAAGUAUCAGACCUAAGUCGACCACAACACCGUGUGUUGGUCCCAAUUGCGUCGUCAAAUCGUUCACCGUGAAGCCGUUACCACCAGAUCCAGUCAUUCCUACAGACGAAGUGACACUUAUGAUUUCGGUGAUAAUUGCGUCGAUAGUCAUGCUGAUCUUUAUCAUCGUAUUCAUAGCUUUGCUCGUUGCCAGAACCUUGAAAUGGAAGCCUAUGGGUUUCUUUUGCCCUUGCUGUUUCAAGCAAGAUCGUUCCCCCGAUCGAAGUGAUCCGCACUUUUCCAGCGCCCCAACCAGCGGCAGAUAUCGUCCAGAGCCUGGCACCAGACUUUGGGCGCCCAGUUUUUCGAGAGGACAACCUUGAUCUAUGCCAGCAAGGAGUAGCAAUCCGGGCACGCUCUCACAAUCACGAAGGCCCCCUUCAAUGGCGAAAGCAUUGUACUUGCUAUUGUUUAGAUACUCCAUCAUGAAGCAGUUGCAUUUGUACAAUAGCGGGCACAAUGGUUUCUCCAUUGAAGGGGGCCCUGUGAGUGUACAGUGGUCACGUGCCCGGGUUCGUCUAUUGGACUCGGCCUAUUCAGCUGUGCACGGGGC